AAACCUAUCCUUAACCAGAUUUAUAUAUAUAUUAUUCCUUGUAUCUUUGCUCCGCGGUAGUGCAUUUCGAACCGCCGCCAGACUGUAACCAUAUGGCGGAUUUACGGGUAGACGAUGAGAUUUCUGACGAGUGUCCGGUGAAGCAAGUGGACCUCACGGUGCCGAAGACCGACGACCCGACGAUGCCGGUGCUGACGUUCAGAAUGUGGGUUUUGGGGCUGACUUCGUGCGUCUUGUUGGCCUUCGUUAACCAGUUCUUCUGGUACCGAGCGGAGCCGCUGAGCAUCACGUCGAUCUCUGCCCAGAUCGCCGUCGUGCCGGUCGGCCACCUGAUGGCUCGAACCAUCACGAAGCGGGUGUUUCUGGAGGGGACUCGCUGGGAGUUCACGUUGAAUCCUGGUCCGUUUAACGUUAAAGAGCAUGUUCUGAUCACGAUCUUCGCCAACGCCGGCGCCGGCAGCGUCUACGCCACGCAUAUUCUCAGUGCCAUUAAGCUCUUCUACAAGAAGCACUUGACCUUCUUCCCAGCGUUGAUCAUCAUGGUUACUACACAGGUUUUGGGGUUCGGAUGGGCAGGGCUUUUCAGGAAAUAUCUAGUGGAGCCGGGGGAGAUGUGGUGGCCUGGUAAUCUGGUUCAAGUCUCAUUAUUCAGGGCUUUACAUGAGAAGACAGGGAGGCCUAAGGGUGGGACAACAAGGACUCAAUUCUUCCUCAUGGCCUUCAUCUGUGGUUUUGCGUACUACAUUUUUCCCGGCUUUCUUUUCCCACUGUUAACCUCGUUCUCUUGGGUCUGUUGGCUGGCUCCCAAAUCGGUACUAGUCCAACAAUUAGGCUCUGGCUUCCAAGGCCUCGGCAUUGGCAGCCUAGGCUUUGACUGGUCUGCGAUUGCAUCAUAUCUCGGGAGCCCUUUAGCUAGCCCCUGGUUUGCCACAGCCAAUGUUGCCGUCGGAUUCUUCUGUGUGAUGUACGUUUUAACCCCCAUGAGCUACUGGCUCAAUGCGUACAACGCCAAAAACUUCCCCUUAUUCUCCAAUGACCUUUUCAUGUCAAAUGGUUCAGUAUACGAUAUAUCAAAGAUAGUCGACUCCAACUUUCGUCUUGAUGUGACUGCCUAUGCAAAAUACGGGCAGUUACACAUGAGCACCUUCUUUGCCAUGACAUAUGGCUUUGGAUUCGCCACGCUCUCUGCAACUCUUGUCCAUAUCCUACUCUUCCACGGAAGAGAUUUGUGGAAGCAAAGCAGAAGCUCGUUCGGAUCACACAUGAAAUUGGACAUACACGGCAGGCUUAUGAAGGCGUACAAAAGGGUCCCUACUUGGUGGUUUCUCGCCAUUCUGGCGGUGAACAUUGCUGCUAUCUUGUUUGCUUGUAGCUAUUAUAGUAACACAAUUCAAUUGCCUUGGUGGGGUGUUCUGCUGGCUUGUGCCAUUGCCUUGUUCUUCACUUUGCCAAUUGGAGUCAUCACUGCCACCACAAACCAGCAACCAGGGUUAAACAUCAUCACAGAGUACAUUAUUGGUUAUAUGUAUCCAGAGCGCCCCGUCGCCAAUAUGUGCUUUAAGGUCUAUGGAUACAUUAGCAUGACUCAAGCUUUAACAUUUCUAGCAGACUUCAAGCUUGGCCACUACAUGAAGAUUCCACCAAGAGCAAUGUUCAUAGCACAGGUCGUGGGAACGCUUGUUUCAGUUAUUGUCUACCAAUCAACUGCAUGGUGGCUGAUGGGAACCAUCCCCCACCUCUGUGACACCGAAUUUCUGCCUCCUAACAGUCAGUGGACAUGCCCAAUGGACCAUGUAUUUUACGAUGCCUCCGUCAUCUGGGGCCUUGUCGGGCCACGCAGAAUUUUUGGGAACCUUGGUCCGUACUCGAAAGUCAACUGGUUUUUCUUUGGUGGUGCCAUUGCCCCUUUGAUAGUCUGGCUAGUUCACUUGAAAUUUCCUAAGAAGAACUGGAUCCGGAAAAUCCACAUGCCAGUCUUGCUAGGCGCCACGUCGAUGAUGCCCCCAGCUACUGCAGUGAAUUACACCAGUUGGAUCAUUGUUGGGUUCUUGUCUGGCUAUGUUCUUUUCAGGUACCAUCCAAAAUGGUGGGAACGGUACAACUAUGUUCUUUCUGGAGGGCUUGAUGCGGGGACGGCGUUUAUGUCAGUGCUGAUCUUCAUCUCUCUGCAGCUGCCUGGAGUUCAGCUCAAUUGGUGGGGUGGUACUUCAGAUAAGUGCCCGUUGGCUUCUUGUCCAACUGCCAAGGGAAUCUCCGUUGAAGGUUGUCCAGUAUUCUAAUCUUAGAGCAACAUCGAUUUCACCCAGCAUUUCACUUGAUUCUUUUUAAAAAAAAAAAAAAAAAAAAAAUUGUCUUU